GGACAAUCCGUCCGCCUAAGAUGUUUGGUACAAACGGAUACACCGAGUCGCUGCAGGGCGCCGUCAGUCCGGCAUGUCUUGUUUACGGCGAGGUUUGAUUGCUACACUGAGGUUCAGCUUAUCGUUUCAGAAUAAACUCCCAUCACAGUGAUUAGGAAAAGAAGGCCAGACAAGGAGAGGGAAAAAGAGAGAGCGAGAGAGCAAGGGGAUGUUGACUUAUCCCUCUGACUCACUCACUCAGAUAGUUUGUCCAAUGGAUGAAGACCCCAAACCCCCAAACCCUUUCUGUAGUGCACCUCCCCACAGUGAACCUCCACCACCUUUCCUCUCCCUUUCCUCCAUCACUCCCAGCUGUGCAAAGGAUGGAAUAUCUGGCCACAGAAGGAGUGGUCGCAUUCAAGGCAUCCAAGCUCAAACUCCUAAAAAACACAGUAGCACAGACGGUCAAGCGGCUCAGAGACCGUGCAGACAGAAUCCGUCCCCCACAAAGAGACAAAGAGAGAGUGGGAUUAUGGUGCAAGUGGCACAAUCUAAGCUGUCGAGAGCUGAAGGAACAGAUGUACAUGAGAGCCAAAACAAGGAUGGUUUUGAUUUUGACUUUACAGCAAAAUGCCAAAAUAGGCAAAAGGACCAAAAAGCCCCACAGAUGAAAUUAAAUCUGUCUCCAGGAGAAAAUGUAGCUGAGCUGUUGGAUGAAAACACCACACAGAGUCUCGAUGCCCCCAAAUCUGACAUGGAUACAUGCGGGUAUUUGGCUGCUGAGCAGACUGCUGAAAAUGCAUAUUCCUCAAAGGGAUGGGCGAUUGGCCCGUUGUUUCAGUCGCUCAAGUCAAAGAUGGCCAGUUUCACAGAGAUAGUCAUGAGUCCUGUUAAACUCUUCCGAGCCACCAGUCCUCCACUGCCAGCGAACGAUCCCGAUGGCCUCAUUGAGCUAAAGACUGAUGGAGCAAAUGAUGUUGAAUGCUCAGAGCCAAGCAGUACGCUUCAUCCUGAAGGACAACGUGAGAAUGAGAAUCAGGAUGACAAUGCUAGUCAGCAUGAAUUCACUGGUGUAGAAGAUGCGCAAAACAUAAAAAUGGUUGCUCCUAAAUAUUGUAAAAAACUAAAGUUUGUUGGGGAUUCAACAUCUAGUUUUCAAAAAGUUGAUGAAUUUGCAGUGCAUCAGAAGGAAAAAAACUCACCUGCAUUAGUGCCUUUGCCACACUGCCCCUCACCAUGUACUGUGUCAGAGCCUGUUGGGUCCUCUAUCAUUUUACGGUCCUCCACCAAUGCAAGUGCCUCUUGUGAAUCCAGGUCAAAGAUGAGUAGUGCUUUGAUGUUCCAGAAAGUCAAGACUUCCGUCCAUCUGAAACCACGUCACAGAAAACGUGCAGGAAAUAGAUCUGACUUGAAGACUGUUAACUCUACGGAAGUGUCUGACCCAGAGGUCCGUGACAAGCAGCUGUCUUACCAGAGCUUGGUUCAAUCAAACAACUUGGACUCAAGUGACUCUGAGAAAAUGCUGUCAUCAUCUUUUUCAGUCUGUUACACUCAGCCUGAAGUGGACUGUUUUCAGCCUGAUGGUGAUGAAAAAAAUGGGAACACGGAAAGUUGUCGCUUGGUUCGUCAAACCCUCCAAAAGAGCCUCAAUGACGGUGUUAAUAAAAGAACUCUGAGGUCCACUUUAGAUUUGCAACAGCAGGAGUGUCUGCUAAAUCCCGUCAAGUGUUCAGUUUCUGAAAAGAGGGGGUUGAAACUGAACUGUCAUUCCCAAGACUCCAUAAAGAGAAAAAGACUGACAGCAGAUACACAUACAGAAGAUGCACAAAAGCAAGAGUUAUCAAACAUUGCUUCAGGCAGCGGCAUAAUGAGAGGGUUGAGGCUAGAGGAAAUUGAGUUGAUCAAUGAAGAAGCACCGAAACUUGUGAGACAAAGACCGGUUGUUUUUGUGUCAACAAGAGUGACUAGGAAAGGAAAAUCUGGUCAAGAAAUGCUUGCUACAAUCAAUGAAGCGGUGUUGCACUCGCAAACUGAAAGUUCCCCUGAUGCCAUGUUUGUUUGUUCACAGGAUAAAACCACUGGUGUGUUAGAAGACAACCACACAGGCUGCAGCAUCAAAGCAAAGACUGCUGCUUCAUGCAAAAGGCAGAAAAGAACAGUUCUUAGUAAAUCUGAUGUAAAUAUUGAUAGUAUUAUGGAUCUUGAAACUACUGUGGCCAUCACUUCUACAAAACAAGACGAGCCGUCACCUGAAGCUCUCGUCCAUCCUCAUAUAAAGCAGCUCCAGAGCACAAGCAAAUGUGGGAAUAUUAACAAGAAGCCACAGAAACGGAAAUCACCAAAUCAGAUGAGUUCAAGAACAGAAUCAGGCAGCUCUUUGGUGUCUACCUCAUCAGUACUAUCAGUGGAGCAAUUAGAACUCAUGCCUAAGGAUGUUAAUACCUCUCAGCAUGCUGAAAAAGGAAAGGACUCAAUGAGAGGGCUGAGCCACCUGUCCAAGAGACCCAAAAAGGGUCUUGGAGGUGCUCCUCAAUCAUUUGGAUCUAGUGGGACUCAAGAGACACAGCCAUGUGUCAACCUUAAUUUUAUAACCAAAGAGAGUCAGUCUAAAGGCAAAAGUAAAAACACAACGGACCCUGUGUAUUUUGAAAUGACUCCCUUUGAAAGUAGUUUCCAGCCCAUUCCUCUACCCCCACAACUUAAUUUAGACUGUCCUCUAAAAAUAAAUAUUGAAAAUAGGCAUGUUGCUCAUAGGAAACUAAAGAGUUCUGCUUCUGUAGCAGAAGAAAUAUUUCACAUCGACUCUGAGGUUGGUAAUGACGGCAGCUUCAAUCUCUCUAGACUAAGGUCUAGCACAAGAAGAGCUAACAUUAAGCCUAGGCAAGCAGAUAACCAAAGGAAAAAAUGCAGGGUUCUGCACAGUAGGACACACAAAAGUGAAGAGGUGACAAACUCUGUCACCAUGGAUGAUGCAAGCCUGGCAACAUCAGGUGCGCUCUCAUCAAAAAACAGCUUCUCAAACCGCCUGUUACGCAGCUACUCUUGCCCAGAGAUCCUCUGCCUGCGUCCCCAUGACACAACUUGGACUUCACCACAUCUCAGCAGGGCUCACACAUCACACCAGUCCUCCCACAGUCCUUCUGUCUCUCAUGCACCGAAAUCCCUGCGGCGGGCCCGUCGACACACAGUCUGCAGUGUGGAAGUGGAGAGGGAGAUUGCCCCUCUGUGUCUUCGUAAAGAGGUGUACCCAUCAAGAAGAUCUGCCCCAUAUGACCCCAUCACUCAUCACCUGCCUCCUAGUCUUGCACUUUCCCCCAGCACCUCCAUCUCAGCUCUUGCUUCUUGCUUCCUUUCAAGCCCGCUGGCUUUCCUUUCUAAGAAGUUUGACAGCAAAGGAGCUGCUGGAAGCCCCAGCACUUCAAGUCAUGUUUUCUCUCCUUCCUCCUCUUUCUCUUUGACAUCCCCAUUAAGCUCCUCCACAUGGCACCAUUCAAGAACAGACUCCUCUGGCGCUGCCAUGGAUUCUAGCACCAGUGGGAAUCCAUCAGAGUGUGAGACUGAGAGGAGACAACAGAGUGAGGAGGAUGAUGAUGGCGAGGACACAAGUUCUUCCAGUCAGGAGUUUGAAGAUGUGGGGCUAAGAGAAGAAAAGGCUCUCUCUGACUCUGAAAUCAAGGAGGUGCAAAAGCAUGAGGAACGAAGAAAGGUGUCUUCUAUCAGAAUUCGGAAAACUUUACCCAAACCCCAAAACAACCUGACACCCAUGGGGCUGCCCAAACCAAUCAGGCUGAAAAAGAAGGAGUUUAGUUUGGAGGAAAUUUACACCAACAAGAAUUUCAGUAAACCCCCUGAAAGCCGGCUGGAAACCAUAUUUGAGGUGCCUCUCAAUCGCAGGAAUGGUUCUGAGUCCUGGUUUGGCCAGAGGCGUGUGAAACGAUUUUUGGAGUUCCUGGAGGUCGGCGAGGCCAGAAAACCAAAGAAGCCUCUUGUCGGAGUUGGUAAAGCAGGUAUUUCCACUUCCAGAACCCGACGAGGAGGCUUCCUUAAAGACGAACCAUCCCUCAGUGUGCAGGAUGUGGACUCGCUGCUCUGUGCAAAGCUGGAUCAGCUCAAUUUGUGGUUGAUUCGUGAUCAGAAAGACAGCUAAUAGAUGCCUCUCAAAUGACUGUUUUGGCAGCCAACAGAUAAUACUGUUUAUAUAAAUAUUUCAACAUGAAGACUGAGUGUGCCAGCGCUUCUUUUGUCAGCACAGUCUGUGUAUAAAUUUUGUGGUGGCAAGUUCUAAAUGAAGAAUAAUGUUUAUUCUGUAGCAUUUAUAGUCUGCAAGUUGAAGAACAUUACAUCAUAGCACCGUUAAAGUAUUGCCUCAUAAAAGUGGUUUAAAAAUAGUGCUAAAAUUCAUCAUACAUCAGUGUGUACAGUAAGUAGCUUUUUCAGUCCUCAUUGUCGCCGUCCGUUCCUCCUUAGUCGUUUUCCAACUGCGAUGGGGGAAAUUUAAGAAUAUCAGUUGAAGGUACAAUUGAUGUUCUUGAUUUGAUCGCAGUAUCAUAGCAUAGCCUGAGUUACCAGAAAUCUGCACAAACUCCCCAUGAGGAUGUCUCAGUGCCAUUCACUUACAGUGACUGUGUCCUUAAUAAAUGAUGAUGCAGGUUGCAUCUGAUUUCUGCAAGUGUGUUGGGGCCAUUUGAGGUGUAACAAAAAAAAAAAAAAGAAAAAACAUUUAGGAGGGGGAAAAAAACUGAUUUUCU